AUGCCCCAUCGACCUCCCGGUUCCGUUUCAACACAAGAUGCAUCUUAUUAUGCAAAGUUGGGACAAAUUGUGCGUUGUGGACGCACAGGAUCUGACCCGGCAUGUGGCGAGCAUGACCGUCGUGGUGUUCUGUUGUCACUGUUGCAUACGUGCUCUCCUGUGUGCUGCCACGGGCCAGGUCACAACUGGGGGUCUCAGCAUGACUCAACAUCAACAUGCAUAUCAGAUAGCAAUGGCCGCUAUCUAAUGAACCAGUAUGCUUUGCCCGGCACAGAGACGAACAACAAUAUUUUCUCCGCUUGCAGUCUUCAAAGUAUUGGCACGGUCCUUGUUGGAAAGCAGGAUACGUGCUUUGUUGAUCGUGAGGGUUCGUUCUGUGGCAAUGCGCUGCGUGAGGCUGAUGAGCAGUGCGACGCCGGCUUUGGCAAUCCGAAUGACCCAUGCUGUGCUGAGAACUGCCGAUACCGGGACCCUACCUUCCAGUGCAGUGAUGGCAAUGACGUGUGCUGUACCAACUGUUCAUUUGCCGCGACUUCGAAAGUCUGUCAGAAGGCAUCUUCUGAACGGGACUUCAGCUGCCAGGAAACGUCAUUCUGUCCUGGCAACAGUGCAAGUUGUAGCAUUCAGUUCAAGACCAGCGGAGCCUGCGGUAACUUCGGCCAGUGCAGAACACCACCACAGCCGGAGAGUGCACGGUGUCAAGGGUUCUGUGAGGCGACUCGCAAUCAAAUCUCAUGUAUCUGCUCAGGUGUUCAAAACGAGUGCAAGAUUUGCUGCAAGGCGAGUGCAGGAGCACCGUGCGCAGUGGCUAACAGCUCGCUGAAUAUCCAGGAUGGUGCUGGAUGUAGCCAAGGAUUCUGUCUAAAUGGAAAUUGCCGAGAGGCUGUCUUGGACUCGACGGAGAGAAUCUUCAGUUUCUUUGAUGGUUUUUCAGCAGACACAAUUGCCCGUUGGUUCAGGGACAACAUAGUCGCUGCUGUGCUUGUUUGUACGUUCAUAGCAUGGAUUAUCGGUGGCUCGAUAGUCCGAUUUUCGGACAAGAGAAAGAUGAAGAAAUUUAACCGCGAAUUUGAUGUGUACAAGGAGAAGUUUGAUGAGUACAUUGAACAUCGUAGUAUCGAUCCACGCGUGAUGACGCGCCGCACAUCUGACCGACAACGACGUUCUGGCCAAGGCGUCAGGACGGAUAGCCGGAAUUUUGAGAUGGCACCGCUCAUGGAAGAACGACGGAUGAUUCAGUGAAAGUACUCAUCCACGGACCCGUCCACAAACUGACAUCAUGGCUUUCCCAAUCUCCGUUGUCGUCCGCAAGUUCCUGCAGUCAAUGCUAGUGGCGGCGGCUCUAGCUUGGUUGUUUGUAAAGUAGAACAAACGCUGCACAUUUUGCAUAUAGCCUGGGGUCCAGAUGACUUGCUUGCGUGCUGAUGAUUCCUGCCCGUGUGCGUGCUUUCGAAACCUGCUCAGACAAUCUGAUAGCCGUCUGCCUGCAUAUUCCCAUGGCAAUUUGAUCUCAGUGCUGCGUGUGCUUGAAAUUGUACUUGUAAUACCCAUAGGCUACCCACCUCGAUCUCCCAGGAUACGGUGUUUUAGAGUGAUUUAUUGAUAAAGCCAAUGAUGGCGUCUAGGAACCCCCGUUUUCUCAGGAAACAUUUGAUACAGCAAAUUGGACAUAUUGACAUGAACAUCAUUUCAGUUAGUCGGACUGCCAAGGUGCCGUCCACUAGGUAUAACUUUGCUGAAAGCAUGAACAAAACAAAACAAAACAAAAUUAGACCGUUAGUAAACUAUGAGCUGGAACUGCCUGCAAUGCUUUCAGUGCUGUGUUUUACACCAGUCUUUGUGGUGCUAUGCCAUGUUAUCAUACCUUGUCUCCAGGCAGCAUUCAGUCCUAUCAUCACGCAAGUCUUCUCACUGCUUCUAGUUCUGGCCUGUUGCAGUCACGCUGCUUCCUAGCACUUUGCAGAGCAACACUUUAAUUUUAAAAGGUGUUUCAUAUCAUGAUUUUCAGCUGGAUACAAUUUUGACAAUCUCUGUUUCACAUUAGGUUUGAAGUGCUAGUCUGUAGAUGAACCGGUCUACAAGUCCAUUUGAAAAACAGUUCAUGCCCUUGA